AUGAAUUGUCACUCGGGCCUCAGUUACCUCCACGAGACAGAAGAGGCUGUCUGGGUUGACAAAGUGAACGACGCUCGGGUUGACGGUCGCCUGUGCUCGUGGAUAUCGACUUUCCAUGCGUGCAAGCUUCCAUGUCGAUUGGAGGGUGGAUUCCUUAAUGGAUCCUAUAAUGUUUGCCAGAAAUUCGUCUUUGAAGAUGGGGCGUCUUGGAUACUUCGACUUCCUCGAGUCUCGAGCAUCAAUUCCCAGUAUGCCGAUGAAAAGACCAUCAUGGAGGUAGAGGCCUUGGAUAUAAUUCACGAGAAAACCACCAUCCCUGUACCGGAGAUCAGGGCCUGGGGACGCUCAGGGGAUAACCCGCUUGGGCUCGGCCCCUUCAUGAUUAUGGACUUUCUGUCUGGGUUAAGUCUUGACGAGGUUUUCACAGAAGGCAAAUCGAGGUUCCUGAAGGAAGACAUUAGUCCCGAAGAUAUCACAAUCAUCUACAGGCAGAUGGCCAAUUUCUCGUUGCAACUGUUUCAAAUUGACUUCGAUCAGAUUGGUAGCCUUCCAACUCGACGGACUGGAACUUCUGUGCCGGUGCGUCCUUUGACGUGGAAGGUUCACGAUAUCCUACACGAGGGUGGAGUGAACACUUUUGGUGACCGAACCAAGGGGUUCUCCUCGGUUGCCGAGUACUUCCAGUAUAUUAUUGAUCAAGACUGGCAGCAGCUUAAAAACCAGCCAAAUUCAGUCUAUGAUCCAUACACAGCCGCCAACGAGUAUACGUCCUUAAAAAUCAUCAAUUCGUUAAUACCGGAUCUCGUGGAGGCAGACUACAACCAUGGUCCGUUCAAGCUGAUUUGUGAUGACCUUGGACUCACCAACUUGAUCAUUAGAAGUCGCGAAGACCUUACCAUUGUUGGAGUGAUAGACCUGGAGUGGGUGUACGCAGGGCCCGCCCAGCAGUUUGGUUCAGCGCCGUGGUGGCUUCUCCGGGAUCGCCCUACUAAUGAUACGUGGGACUUUGAAGGUGAAACGCUGCCCGAGAUGACUGGCCGCUACAUGGACCACCUCCAAAUAUUCAUUCGAGUGCUCGAGGAGGAAGAAGCCAAGCUGAACUUCGGGGACCAGAACAAGAAGCUCUCUGAUCUUGUCAAGUGGUCUGUGACUUCCGGGGCCAUGUGGCUUCACAUGAUCCUCUCUAGUGGCUUCUUUGGCUCCCGUACUUUUCCAUGUGGGCAGCUACGCAGACAUCGUGGAUCGAAAUGGUGGACUGACAGCGUCCUCAGAAUUCAAGCUUCCGGCGAGGCGAAAAGGUUUGCUGAAAGUAAGGCUGGCCAAUUCGAACGCUACGACAAGGGUGUGGAAGAUAUUGAAGAUCUAAAGGCCUUGAUGAAUGACGGAAAGCUAUCGAGAGAGGACUUUGUGAUUCGUUCUCGGUCCAUUCUCUCUUAUUGCUUCGAGGGCUAA